AUGGGACGCAAAAGUGGCAGGAGUCUCAACCCUGCGGACCAAUACCGCAAGGAAUUACAUAAAAAGGAGAUUAAAAAGAAUAAACAAGAUCGCAAGAAGAUCCGCGAAGUCAAUUCUGCACUCAGGGAUACAACAACCGAAGUCGAGCUGGCAGAAUAUGAGGCUCGAGAGGCUGAAGGGAAGCUCGACAAAGAUGGCAUCAAAAAGCUUAGUGAACUGCGAGAGAGAAUGAACAAAAUCAUUGAGAUUAAAAAGGCACAUGGAAUCAAGAUAAAGCCUAAAAAGGUGGAGCCAGAAAAACCCACUCCAGUCCCAGUCCCUGAACAAACUAGGGACCCCACACGAUCUAUUUACUAUGACCCGAUCUUGAAUCCAUAUGGCGCACCACCUCCGGGACAGCCCUACCUUGAGUAUCCUCCUCUGCCAUCACAACACCCUAUGGGCAUGGAAGAGGCACAUGGAAAGCUAGAUCAACAAGAGCAAUCACAAGAGUCAGAGGAAGAAUCAGACUCAGGUUCAUCAAGUGAUUCUAGUUCUGAUUCCGACUCGGACUCUUCAACUUCAGAAUCGGAUUCAGAAGAUCCGGACGAUGAAAAAUUCAUGCCUCCACUCCCUGAAGGCCCAGCACCAUCAAAGGAAGAGCAGACCAAGUUCCUUGAGCUUACAAAGCCAAAGGUUGUUGUUGUACCACAGAUACAUCAGCAUCCAUCUUUACAAUGGCCACCCAUGCAACCAAGACCAGAAAUGUACCCACCAGGUUUCUCACACCCUGGAGUGCAAAACACACCAAUGUCGCCAAUGAAUCCAAUUGAUCCUCCAAUCGGCAUCCAUCCCCAAUAUGGUAGCGUAUACCCUCCAACAAGACCAGGUCUUGGUCCUCCUCCACCCAUGGGUUAUGGACAUCCGCCAAUGCAUACAGGACCAGGAAUGGGCCCUCCUCCUCCAGGAUACGGAGCACCUGGUCCUUAUGGUGGGCCUAAUACAGCCAAUGGUCCAGGUGGAUACAUGCCACCAGGCUUCCAAGCAAGGCCGAGCUAUCCUCGACCAAUGCGACCACCAUCACAACGACCACCACCUCCUCGAUACAUUAAACCACCACGAACAACAGAUCCACAGAAUGAUCCUAUGACUGGCCACCUACCUCCAGAUGAAAAAGAGAAGAAACGUAUAAAGGAGCAAGCGGAAGCAGCAGCGGCAGCAGCUUCUACUCAGGAAUCUAGCCCGGUAUCUGUGCCUACUAAACCAGGAUUGUCCACAGCAACAGGGACGAUAUCACAUCCACUCCCUCCGAAGCCGAGUGCAAUAUCUGCAACGCCAAAGCCUACGCUGGUUGCGGGGCCUGCUAGUAUUUCAGCAGAGCCACAACUUCGAAAUCUGCAAAAAGAGCUGGUGCAUCUUGUGCCCUCGACGAUCAUGCGCAAACGUGUUUCUCAGAAGGGCAAGAUUGGGAAACCCGUCAAUGCGGCUCCGGGCGUAGAUGAGGACGAUUACAACCCUGUAUCGGGAGAAUCAGCGGAAUCAGCAUCUGCAUUCUCAAGUUUGACUACGGUGACAGUAAAUACAGGCAUGACUGAAGCUGCUGGCUCCGAACCCGAAUACAGAGAAACAGGACUUGGUCUGCGAUUGCCCAAGAUUAAUGCGGCGCCGAGUGUACCAAGUUUAUUGAGCCCUAGGAAGAUUGUGGUCAACACUGCACCCGAGGUACCUGUAGCAGUGGAUCGGGCUGCGAAGAAGAAGGCUGAAUAUGAUGAGUUUCUACAGGGUCUUGAGGGUGCUGGUCUAUUGUAA